GACCGGCAAUUCGCGAGAUUUGCCGAGAUGCUGAAAAAGCUUGAGAUCACCAUGCCUUUCACAGAAGCCAUCCUGCAGAUGCCGUCUUACACGAAAUUUCUCAAGGAUAUACUCACGAAGAAGCGAGUCGUAGAAAAGGAGACGGUAUCGCUCAACACCGAAUGCAGUGCGCUAAUUCAGCAUGAGUUACCGCCUAAACAAGCCGACCCAGGAAGCUUCUCAAUACCCUGCAAAUUGGGUAAUGUCUCCAUUGACAGGGCAUUAUGUGAUCUCGGAGCCAGUGUUAGCCUUCUCCCGCUAUCGAUAUUCAAAAAGCUGAAUGUGGGAGAGUUGAAGCCGACAAGGAUGGCGCUCCAGCUUGCUGACCGAUCGGUGAAAUAUCCCGCUGGGAUAUUAGAAGACGUACCACUUAAGGUGGGAAACUUCUACGUACCGGUCGACUUCGUGGUGUUAGACAUGGACGAGGACUCGAGAGUACCGAUCAUCCUUGGUCGUCCAUUCCUUAACACCGCAGACGCAGUCAUCCAUGUAAGGGCUGGAAGGCUAACGAUGAAGAUUGGCGAUGAGACAGUGGAGUUCACGCUUGAUCAAAACCUCAAGCAACCAUCUGUCAUGGAUUCUUCGUACUUCAUUGACAUGAUCGAAGUUUUGACAGAGGAGGUGAUCACUUGCGUGACGAGUCUUAAAUUUGUAACCCGAAACACAACUAAUCCGCAAGUAUACGGAUGUCGUAGUAAGUGA